GGUUUUCUCUGUCUUCGUUCUCUUCGUCGACGUUCCCAACGUUCAGCGCCGAGUUUUCUCUUCUCCUCUACGACAAUGCAUCACAUUACGAACACUUCUUCUCGUGCUCUUCGUCGUGCGGCUGCAAAGGCCAAGCAACCUUUGCUUGCUCGUGGUGCGCACAAGGAAGUCAAGUUCUCGAAUGAGGGACGUGCCAGCAUCCUUAAGGGUGUUGACGUCCUUGCUGACGCCGUCAGUGUCACUCUCGGUCCUAAAGGCCGAAAUGUGAUCAUUGAGCAAUCAUUUGGUGGUCCCAAGAUCACCAAAGACGGUGUCACUGUUGCAAAGUCAAUUUCGCUGAAGGACAAGUUCGAGAAUCUCGGUGCUCGUCUCGUUCAAGAUGUUGCACAAAAAACGAACGAGAUUGCCGGUGACGGUACCACAACCGCAACUGUUCUCGCUCGCGCCAUUUACGCCGAGGGUGUCAAGAACGUUGCCGCUGGUUGCAACCCCAUGGAUCUCCGCCGUGGUUCCCAGGCCGCUGUUGACCGUGUCGUCGAGUUCCUCUCACACCAUACUAAGACUAUCACUACCACGGCUGAGAUUGCUCAGGUUGCGACCAUCUCCGCCAAUGGCGAUACUCACGUUGGUAACCUCAUUGCCCAGGCGAUGGAGAAGGUCGGAAAGGAGGGUGUUAUCACUGUGAAGGAAGGACGAACGAUGGAGGACGAGAUCGAAAUUACCGAGGGUAUGCGCUUCGACCGCGGAUUCAUCUCGCCCUACUUCGUCACGGACCCCAAAAACCAAAAGGUCGAGUUUGAGAAGCCCCUCAUCCUCCUAAGCGAGAAGAAGAUUUCCGUUCUCCAAGAUAUCCUCCCUACUCUUGAGUACGCCGCCCAGUCUCGUCGUCCAUUGAUCAUCAUUGCCGAGGACGUUGAGGGUGACGCUCUCGCUGCGUGCAUUCUUAACAAGCUCCGUGGUCAACUCCAGGUCUGCGCCGUCAAGGCACCCGGCUUCGGUGACAACCGCAAGUCUAUCCUCGGCGAUUUGGCCAUCCUCACUGGCGGUACCGUCUUCACCGAUGAACUCGACGUCAAGCUUGAAAACUCUACCCCCGAUCUGCUCGGUUCCACUGGCGCGGUCACCAUCACCAAGGAGGACACCAUCGUCCUCAACGGUGAUGGUUCCAAGGACGCUAUCCAGGCUCGUUGUGAGCAGAUCCGUGCGCUCAUCAACGACAAGUCAACGAGCGAAUUCGACCGCACCAAGCUCCAGGAGCGCCUUGCUAAGCUCAGUGGUGGUGUGGCUGUUAUCAAGGUCGGUGGAAGCAGCGAAGUUGAGGUCGGAGAGAAGAAGGACCGUUACGACGAUGCUCUCAACGCUACCCGUGCUGCUGUUGAGGAAGGUAUUCUUCCCGGAGGUGGUGUCGCUCUCUUGAAGGCUUCUCUUGCCCUCAGCUCGAAUGCUCCCGGCUCCAACUCUAAACCCAGUAACCCCGACGUUAAGCCUAUCCAAACUGCCAACUUCGACCAGGACCUCGGUGUCUCGAUUAUCAAGAGGGCACUCACUCACCCCGCCCGCACCAUCCUUAAAAACGCCGGUGAGGAGGCAUCCGUCAUUGUCGGUACUCUCCAGUCACAAUACGGUACUCCCGAUAAGUUCGCUUGGGGUUACGACGCUAGCAAGGGCGAGUACGUUGAUAUGAUCAAGGCUGGUAUUGUGGACCCUUUGAAGGUCGUCAGGACUGCUUUGGUUGAUGCGGCUGGUGUUGCGAGCUUGUUGACAACAAGCGAGGCGUGUGUUGUUGAGGCUCCUGAAGAGAACAAGCCUGCUCCAGGAAUGGGAGGUGGAAUGGGAGGCAUGGGUGGCAUGGGUUUCUAAGGUCAUGAAGCCUCCGUCGGUUUGUGAAGAUAAAAGUACCGUCCAAAGACUUGCCAUAGUGUUUGCUAACCCCUUGCAUUCUACCCCAUUGAACUUCUGACAUGUUUUAUUAUCGUCUCAUUGCUGCUCAUCGUACACCCCCAUCAUGUUGUUUACAUCUAUAGUAUAUAGGCUCUGCAUAGUCUUAGUGUUUCGUUCAUGCUCCUCGCAAUGCAACCCCCGCUCAUCUGCAUCUCAUCCUGGGAAUCUCGGAUUUAGAAGACAAUACCUAUACAUGCAAGUGCGAGCGUUUCGGAUGCGCAUAUCACAUACACGCUCGAACGAUCGAUAUACGAUUGGCUCUUUUAUUCUUUUAUGCGAUGGCACGAUUCAGUUAUUCGACGCCGCUCUUUAUACGCUUUGCCCCCCACUUCACCUAUAAUUGAUUCCUAUAAGUAACGAAAAUCCUAUUGCUUCAUACCCUCAUACUACGCC